AUGAACAAACUUUCUUGUUAUAACUUGUCAUUAACGUUUGCCAUGAAAAGAGCCAAAAUAUUUGUCACCCAGUGGGUGGUACCUGCUCUGCUAUUGAGUGCAAGCUUUAUGGAUACAGGAAAUUACGUCUCAGCAGUAUCGGCAGGCACUAUUUCUAAAUAUCAACAAUUGAUACCUUUGGUGGUGGCUCAUAUUAUGGCCGGAGUUCUCCAAUAUUUGUCUAUUAUACUGGGAGUCAAAACGAAGUUAAAUCUUGGUGAGAACUUCCGAAAGCGAUUGCCGCACUGUGCUUGUGUGGUUCUGGGUGUUGCUAGCGUUUCAGCAAUAGUUCUGACGGAUAUAUGCCAAGUUAUUGGUAGUGCUGUUGCUCUUGAGGUCCUGUUUGACAUUUCAACAUUACCAGCCGUUCUUCUGAGUGUCUUCGAUGUCUCAAUGCUGUGGCGGUUUCACAGAACGAGUACUUGGUUGAGACAGGCCACGGAGAUGGCGGUUGCCUUCUUUAGCUUAAUCAUAUUCUCAUUGAUAUUUGUGGAUUUGGUAAACAUACGAGAAAAGCUGAACUUCAAAACAAUACUUGUUGGGGCAGGACCUUCCGCUGAUAUGUUACGCUAUGAUAACUACAUUUUGAGCCUUUCUCUACUGGGGUCCACUGCCAUGCCUCAUAGCUUGUUUCUGGUGUCUGAAAUGGCUAAAAUGAUGUUUCUGGAUCAGCAGGGACUGAUUUAUGCAUUAUCAAGAAAGAAAACACAAGAGUUCAUCAAGGAUCUGACAAUCAGACUGGUGUUUAUGGGGGUGUUUGGGGCAUUAAUUCUGAACGUUUCUUUAGUCGUUCUUUCCGCAGCUUUGAGUAAUGAUAGCAACAACAGAAAGAACUUCUCUGGUCUCAGAGAUGUUUACAGUUUGUUCAGCGAAAGCUUAUCACAAAAUGCUGGGACUUGCUUUCUCUAUAUGCUGUUGUUAUCAGGUCAAAGUUUUGGUUUCAUUGGUAACUGGGUGCUUGAUAUUGUUCUGAAAGGCAUGUUUGACUCAGGAGAAAAUAAAGAAUCAUUUAUGAUGAAAAUUAAUGUCAGAUACAUUUCUGUUUGUGUAUGUUUCAUAUGCGCAUGGAUUGGAGGCGACAAGAUGUUGACUUUCAUGAUAAACGCAACCCAGGUCGUUCUGGCAGCGGUGCUUGCAUUGGUAUCGGCUCCAUUGGUUGUAUUAGUAUGUCAGAGUUCCUUUAUGAGUUCAACAAUAGAGUGA